UAGACUUGUACAAUACGGGGCGCGUAAUGGUUACUCCAUGUUUUGACUGGUUUGUGCGGGAUUUUUGCCUUGAGAUCGGCGAGACUGGAAAGUUGUAGUAAUGGCAACAGGAUUCACACGAUUUGAGAAUGAGGUAGACACCGACGAUGUCCCUCCAGCUACCGGACCACAUGGUACCCAGAUCUCUCCCGACAAUCUUCCCAACUACCAAGACCUGUACCCGCAACCUGACCUCUGCUUGGUGCAUCCCACGUUAACCGGGUCGUCCGACUUACCCCUUACACCCCUCUCAUCUCCUAACCGGUCUGGCCACACGCCAAUCCAUCCCAGUGCUGGUCUCACAGCAGGGCAAGUUAAUAAUGCCUCGCCCCCACCUUACUCCAUCCUACCUCCAGGUGGAACACCUGUCUUUAGCUCUCAGCCUCAGCCGGGAACUGUCGACAUGAACGUGCGCAAGCGUGAGGAAGCAGGCGACUACGAAGGUUACACACGAUUUGAGAAUGAAGAGGCUGACAUCGGCACGGCAGAGACUAACCAACCGUCUUGCCCCCCACCCGAGCAAGUCGAUGCCCCGCCCCUUCCAGCUUCUGGACCUUAUACCCAGAGCUGUCUCAAUGACCUCCCAACCUACCAAGGCCCCCAGCAGCUUCAGCCCGUCGCCAACACAGAGCAGCCCGCAUCGACUGGGGUGUCCGACUUACCCCUUAAGCCCCUCCCAUCUGCUGACGAGUCGGGCCAAACCCCGCCCCAUCCCAGUGCUGGGCUCCCAGCGGAGCAAGAUAAUGCCCCGCCCCCGCCUGAUUCCACCCUGCCUUCUGGUGGCACACUGGUUAUCACCUCUCAGCCUCGGACUCAACCUGUCACUAGGAACAUGUACGCGCUUAAGAAAGCGGGUGACUACGAAGGUGCGAAGAGGGUGUCGAGAGCUCUUCGUUGUGUAUUCUUCAAGGUUAUUGUUCUUGUCCUAGCAUGCGCGAUUGGAUACGAGCGAUUUGAAAAUGAGGCUGAUACUGGCACGGAAGAGACUGGCCAACCAUCCAACUCACCAUCCGAGAAUCGCAAUGACCCGCCCCCACAAGCAACAGCCUCUGCUAGUGCUGUUAGCUCCCCAACUGACCCCUCGGCUAGGCAAGGCUGUGGCCCGCCCACAUCAGCAGGCUGUGCCCCGCCCACAUCAGCUCCUACCCCUCCUGAUGACACGAGCUCACCAACUGGCCCCUUAGCCGGGCAAGGCUAUGCCCCGCCCACAAUUGCUGAUGCCCCUCCGGAUGACAUGAGCUCACCAACUGGCCCCUUAGCCGGGCAAGGCUAUGCCCCGCCCACAAUUGCUGAUGCCCCUCCGGAUGACAUGAGCUCACCAACUGGCCCCUUAGCCGGGCAAGGCUAUGCCCCGCCCACAAUUGCUGCUGCCCCUCCCGAUGACAUGAGCUCACCAAAUGGCAACUCAGCCGGGCAAGGCUAUGCCCCGUCCACAAUUGCUGCUGCCCCUCCUGAUGACAUGAGCUCACCAAAUGGCAACUCAUCCAGGCAAGGCUAUGCCCCGCCCACUCGCCUUAGUGGCCCACCGGUUGGAGUCCCGCCCCCACCUUAUACAAGUCAUGUUGGGGACACGCCCAUCACGGACCGCCCACCGGACUAUACUCCGCCCAUAUCCUGCACACUUGGAGCUUAUCUUGCAGAAGGUCAACCAGUGUGGCAAGGCUGUGGCCCAAUCCCAACGUGUGAAAUUCCAAUUCAUGGGCCGGAGCUACGUCCAAACCGGGUGGCGCACCGACGUCUUCGUCGCGGACGGCGUGUUUCAGACGACGGGACAGGCAUCAGUAGCUACUUUGGUCUGGCUAUGGCUGUUUUGCUCAUCUGUCCUCCGCUUGGAUUUGUCGCCAUGAUCCUAUCGUCAGUGGUGGACAAACGCUGUCGGGCUGGGGACCUUGCCGGUGCUAAGAGAUCUUCAGUAGCUGUCCGUGUCGUUUCCUUCUGUGGCGUCGGUUUGAGCAUAACCGUUGGUGUCCUACUUAUCAUAUUCCUGUAA